AUGGUUGACAACCGCUACGCCACAGCUCUGGUCAUCGCCUGUGUGCUAAGCAUACUGGCCACCGUGUAUCUGUCGGUGGCCAUCGGGACGCAGCACUGGUACCAGUACAGCAGCCCCACCGUGCGCGGAGAGGCCAACGUGUCCGAGCUGCGCUCGCUGUAUGAGGAGUUCAUGGACGGAGAGUUUGAUGAGAAAACUUACAGCGACACCCUGUUCCGCCUCAACGGGACUGUGGGCCUCUGGUGGCGGUGUGUGCUCGUUCCGGCCAACGCUCACUGGUACAAGGAGCCAGAUGCCAAAAUGGCGCUGGAGUGUCGAAGCUUCACUCUACCUCAGCAGUUUGUUCCCAAGUACAAAGAACCAGGGAACCACAACAGUGGAGAGGACAUGCUGCGCACAUACCUGUGGAGGUGCCAGUUUCUGCUGCCAUUGGUGUCUCUGGGCCUGGUGGUGUUGGCAGGCCUGACUGGGUUCUGUGCCUGCCUCUGCCGAAGCCUCACCCCCACCCUGGGCAUUGGAGUACUUCACCUGCUGGCUGGUCUCUGCACCUUAGCCACAGUGUGCUGCUACCUGGCAGGGAUGGACCUGCUCCACAGGGUGUCCAUGCUGCCUGAUAAGGUGGACGGCUCUCUGGGCUGGUCCCUCUACUUGGCCCUCAUUUCCUCACCGCUCCAUAUGAUGGCCGCCGCGCUGCUGGUGUGGGCGGCUCGCAGCCACAGUCAGAACUACUACCGCAUGACUGCGUACCGAGUGGCAUAG